CACACUUUCCAAGAUGGCUGCCGCCAUCACAGGUUUACUAAAACCUUGGACACCAAGGGUACUCCUGGUGAGAUGGAGCAGGUACAACCCUUACUACCUGGAGCCUGAGCCUCGGAAAGAGGUGUACCACAUCCCAGAGACUGAGCUCACACCUGAGCAGAAAGAGGAGAGGGAGCUGAAAUCUGUCAGGCCCAUAAAGGCAGCCACCAACUCUGUCACCAGCUCUGUUUUCAACGACCCUGUGUUGAGCAAGUUUGUCAACAUGAUGAUGAAAGAUGGUGACAAGAUUAUUGCCAAAGGUAUCAUCACACAGACAUUGGAGAACAUGAAGAGAACACAGGUGGAGAAGUACCACAAAGCCCCUGAGGGAAAGAAGGCAGAGAUCGAGUGUAAUCCAUACGCCAUCUUCCACCAGGCUCUGGAGAACUGCAAGCCUGUCAUUGGCCUGGCUAGCAUUCAGAAAGGGGGCAAGUUCUAUCAGGUGCCCAUACCUCUGACAGACAACAGGCGGCGCUUCCUGGCCAUGAAGUGGAUGAUCACAGAGUGCCGGGACAACAAGCACAGACGCACACUAAUGUACGAAAAACUAUCCCAGGAACUGCUGGCCGCCUUCUCCAAGGAGGGCAACGUGGUCAAACGGAAACACGAACUGCACAAGAUGGCCGAAUCCAACAGAGCCUACGCCCACUAUCGCUGGUGGUAGUCGACUCUGAAGCUUGAGUGCAGCAUUCAAAUUGGGACCUUUUGGACUGGAAGGAAUUCAAUCCAUUGUCCCUUUGGUCAAACUUGAGGAGUUCCUUGUUGGAAAAUAAAAACAUCAUGGACAUUUGUGCAACACAUGGGAGAUUGUCUUCAAUGUAGGGCAUUGACAGGCUAUGUAAAUAUACAUCUCUUGGACUCCAUUGUGAAAUAUUUGGAAUGGUGUGUAUUCAAGUAUACUGACCACAAAUACAGUUACUGUAAAUGUGGCUUUUACUAACAUUGUAUUAUGGUUAAAUAAAGAAUGAUUGUGAAAACAUUA